AUGCUUAACACCUGUGUCAAGUUGACAUCGCUCCGACUCAGACAGCCAUCAAUCACGUGCAAGUCGGCCAAGGCAAUCGCUGCCAACGCAUCCUCCCUUGAGCGCCUCAACCUUUCCGGUUGCAACCUGAUUGCCCCCGAACGUCUGAGCGAGAUCGUUAAGAAUGCGCCAAGACUCCGUGUACUGAACCUGUCCAGCACGCUCGCCGACUCGUCCAUCCUCGAGUCUAUGGAGAGCCAUGGUGCCAAGGCACUCACUGCACUAAAGCUCGACUACACCAACACCCUGUCCACCGAGACCAACCCCAUCCAAACGCUGUCAAUGAUCGAGCCCAAGCUCGAGGUUCUGCACUUGCCCAACUACAAUGAAGACCAUCAGAUCCUCUGGAACCUGCUGCGCAAGCUGCCCCAACUCAAGAAGCUCAAGGUGCCGACCAACACCAACAUGCACAUGGUGAUGCAGACGUACAAGGAGCAGAUGCAAGAGGCCAUCGAGGACGCCUUUGAGCUGCCCCUCUCGGAGCUCACAACCAUCGAUCUGUCCACCACCCUGCAGUCAGUGUCUGCACUAACCAGCAUCAUUGCACUGAUGCCAAUGAUGGAGUCCAUCUCGCUGGCCAACAUGAAGUUGGUCAAUGACAAGAACCAAGUAGUGGAGGUCAGCGACACGAUACUGGCAGCCAUUGGACCACUUUUCCACAAUGUCAAGGAGCUCGACCUCUCUGGAUUGAACAUCGAAAGAAGAAACAUACCCUGUCUCAUCUCUCGCUGUAACCAACUUCAGAACCUCUAUCUCCACAACUGUGUUGCACUCACCGAUCGAGACAUACACGAACUCAACCAGGAGUUCCCCAGUAUCAACUUUGUCGGAGGUGCCAAGUUGGACAAGUCCCAGCAGCUAGAUACCUGUGUUUGUUGA